AUGAGCUAUAACAACUUCUCCAGCACUGUCUUCCCAGGAUGCUACUGGGGCAGCUACAGCUACCCCCUGGGGUAUAGUGUUGGCUGUGGCUACGUCAGCACCCACUCCUCAGUGGGCUAUGGUUUUGGCUAUGGCUACAAUGGCUGUGGGGCUUUCGACUACAGAAGAUUCUGGCCAUUUUCUCUCUAUUGA